AUGUAUGGGAAGUGGGGAGAAGCAUAUGAGGCUGAGAGAGUCUGGGAAGAGGACAGGGCCUUGCAAGCGGGCAGGGCUAGGUAUGCCUUGGUGCAGUACCUUGCCAUAGUGACACUGGCCACUGCCCAUUCGGUCACAGCUGCCUGCUGUGGACUGCAGAAGUCCAGGCUGUCCCAGAUGCUGGCAGUGCCAUUGGCAGCAAAGGAGGCCUCUCUGACAACAGCUACACCCCAGCUGUUGUCUGAAAAGGACCUGCCUCAGGGCCAAAACCUGUGCCGGGGCUUUUGCAUAGGGGACUUUUGACAAAGCCUGAUGAGGCCCUGGAUGAGUGAAACUGAGGAGUUCCUGGAUCGUGCGCUGCAGAAACCAGCAGUGAAUGUGAAGAAAAUGGAGAAUUUGAAGAUAAAGGUGGAGUGGAAGAAAGAGAAGAAGCAGAAGCAAAAGCUCACGGAAAAGUGGAAACACAGAGACAAGACAGAUGCCAAGGGUCUAGCCUUGCUGCGGCAGUGCCUGGGACCUGGCUGUGUGUAUCCCACCCGGCCAGGCUCCAAGUACUGCUCAGACGACUGUGGCAUGAAACUGGCAGCUGACCGCAUCUAUGCGAUUCUGCCCCAGCGCAUCCAGCAGUGGCAGAAGAGCCCCUGCAUUGCUGAGGAGCAUGGCAAAAAAAUGCUUGAGCGCAUCCACCGUGAGCAGCAGGACACUCACACCCGCCUGAAGGACAUGGAGUGCCAUUUCCAUGAACUUGAGGCCAUAAUUCUGCGUGGCAAGCAGCAGGCUGUGUGCAAGGUUGAAGAGACCAACAAAAGUAGCAGUAACAACGUAAACCUGCAGAUCUUCUGUGUCUCCUGUGGGCAGUCAGUCAGCAUGCAUACUGCCCUGCGCCACAUGGAAAGCUGUUUUGCCAAGUAUGAGUGCAGGUCGUCCUUCGGGUCCCUGUACCCCACUUGCAUUGAAGGGGCCACAAGGCUCUUCUGUGAUGUUUACAACCCAAAGAGUAAGAGGUACUGUAAACGGCUCCAGGUGCUGUGCCCUGAGCACUCAAGAGAUACCAAGAUACCAGACGAUGAGGUGUGCGGUUGCCCACUAGUGCACAAUGUCUUUGAGGUCACUGGUAACUUCUGUUGUCUCCCCAAACGCCUAUGCAACCUCCACUACUGCUGGGAGAAGCUGAGGCGUGCCGAGGUGGACCUAGAGCGCAUUCGUGCGUUGCACAAGCUGGAAGAGCUAGUUGAGCAGGAGCACAAGGUGCGCACGGCCAUGAUGAACCGGGCAGGGCUGCUGGCCCUGAUGCUUCACCAGACGAUCCAGCAUGACCCGCUCACCGCUGACCUGCGCUCCAAAGUCAACAGCUGA